UUUUCCUUUAUCAUCAUGUUAAUGAUUUAUGCUAAUUUUCUUAUAUAUUUAUCAUUUAAGAAAAAAUUGCGUCGAAUUAAGGCUGCAAAGGAUCUUUAUAGGAAAAGUGACGAAAGAAUAAUUGGUUAUGAAAAACGCCAAUUAUUAAAAAUGUUGGCAAAUCGAUCUUACCACUCGCCGGAAAUCAGUGAGUCAGAUGAAGAGAAUCCAGAUAAGACGAUCGUAUGCGUCUAUGAUUAUUCUUGGCGAUCACAAGAGUAUGAUGAUGAAGUUCAACACUUCGACCGAAUGCAUCCUGAAGAUGCUCCACAAUGGUCAUAUGUUGAGCAAGAGGAUUUUAUAUAUGAUACGGAAAUCGAUAGUAGAAGUGGUUUCGACAAAGAUAAAGACUAUGGUGAAGAAACGGAAGAGGUGUUAAUCGAUAGUCAAAAAAGUGCAGCCGGUGAUGAUUUAGCUGAAUGAAGUGGAACUAUCGAUUACAUUUAUUUUAAAUUUUUUUU